UCUGAUAUGAAUUUUGAAGAAGAAAAUAGAAGAAAAGAUAUUUCAAUCUAUGAUAAAUAGUGCAAAGUAUGGUAUGAGUUCUUGAAGGAAUAAACUAAUAAAAUUAAUAACUAUUUAAAUGAUACAAAAAGUGGAUUAGAUAACUAUAAAACAAACUUAGAAGAAAGAUUAAAAGAACUUGAUGAAUAAUAUGAUUCUAAUUCAGAAGUAUUAGAUUCACUUAGAGAUUAAAUCUCUACUAUUGAAUAUUAUUAAGAAGUUUAGGAGGUAAAUAUUUUAUAAAUCUUUUCAAUUAGCAAGAAAUUAAUGAUUAUGAGAAUGCUAUUAAUAAUGCUUAAAAUGAAAAGGAUAAAUAUUCAAGAGAAACUUUACAAAAAGAAAAAGAGGAAUUGAUUAUUUUAAUAUGUGAAAUGAAACAUAGUAAAAUAGAAGAUUGGCUUAAGACCAUCAAAAAGGAGCUUCCAGAUGGUGAUUUAAAAGAUAUUUUAAAGAUUUGUUAUCGUCUCUUUUAUGGAGCUAAGACUUUUAAUUUAGAAGAAUUUAUUGAAAAUGUUUUGUCAAAGGGAGAAACUAAAACUGAGGUUGAAGCUCCUAUUAAUUGGAUUAAAGUAUUUUAUUAUUCUAUCAAAAGGAAAAAGGAUUACAAUAAUAAGGUAACGAAAAGUUGAAAUUUAAGUUAUGUCCCUUAUUAGCUAAAUUUGCCAUAUAUAAUAGAUAAGAACUAAAUAAAGAAAGUAGAUAAAUGCUCAAAUUUUUACUUGACUCCCAAGUGUAGAGAUAAUAAUAGGCAGUUGAAAUUAAGUUCUUAGUAUCUCUUUUAUAAAAAGUAAUCUUGUUAUAUUAAAUUAGUUUAAUAAUUGGGAUUUAGCUAGUUGUGAAAAUGAUAAACAUGAAUAACGUAUCAAAGAGUUAGAAUAAACUUUAGAAGAAAAACGAAAUUCUCCAGAAUAUCUUCAAUAAUAAAAUCAUCUUCAUUUCUUAUAAAAAGAGGAAGAAUUUACAAAUGAUGUCAUUAAUAAAAUUUCUAAUAUCAGAGAAGCUUUAGAAGAAUUAUUAUCAAGUUUUUCAAAAUAUGAAGAAUAUCAAUAAUAAUAAAUUGAUGAAAUGUAAUAAACUGUUGAAUUCAAUUCAAGAAAUGAUGAAAUAGAUCUUAUCUAUUUAGAAAAAGAAUAAUAAAUUGAAAUGAAAUGA